UUCAUUGCCAGAACCAGGUCACGGUCCGUAGAUCCCUGAGAGUGCUGUGUAGCACAAAACCUUCAAUACUCAAGUGUCUUCGCAUGGCGCUUCAAAUUCAAACCCUAACCAUACCUCCCAAGAAAUAUUUUCUCUGUUUUUCUCGCUUCUUAAGCCAAUUCCUAUCCAGAGACCCCUACGACCCUCCAUUUUCGCCAUCUUCUAAACCCCCAAAACUCAAGAAAACCAAUAAGAAAGAUCCAAGUCACGCGAAAGACCCGACCUUGAACCGGCCCCUCAAGUCGGACCUUCCCUUCGACUUCAGAUACUCCUACUCUGAGACAAACCCGUCCGUCGAACCCAUCGGAUUCCGAGAACCCCCGAGGUUCUCUCCGUUCGGUCCCGGCCGGCUCGACCGUAGAUGGACAGGGACCUCCGCCCCGGCCCAACAGCAAGUAGACCCAGAAAGCGUCGCGCAGGCGAGGAGUCGGGUUCUUGGUGACCCGCUUACGGAGGAGGAAGUUGCAGAGCUCGUGGAAAAUUACCGUCAUAGUGAUUGUGCUAGCCAAAUCAAUCUGGGGAAGGGGGGAGUUACUCACAAUAUGCUGGAUGACAUCCACAACCAUUGGAAAAGGGCUGAAGCUGUGAGGAUCAAGUGCUUGGGUGUGCCAACCCUUGAUAUGGAUAAUGUUUGCUUUCACCUUGAGGACAAAUCUGGUGGGAAGGUUAUUUACCAGCACCUUAACAUCCUUCUUUUAUACCGGGGUCGAAACUAUGAUCCAAAUAAUCGGCCAGUUAUUCCUCUAAUGCUGUGGAAGCCCUAUGCACCUAUAUAUCCAAAGCUUGUGAAGAAUGUUGCUGAUGGGUUAACAUUUGAAGAAACGAAGGAAAUGAGAAACAGGGGACUGAAUUCUCCCCCGCUAAUGAAACUUACUAGGAACGGCGUAUAUAUGAAUGUUGUGGCGAGAGUGAGGGAAGCUUUGGAGACGGAAGAGGUGGUGAGACUAGACUGUACCCAUGUUGGUACCAGCGAUUGCAAAAAAAUAGGUUUGAAAUUAAAGGAUCUGGUACCUUGUGUCCCGAUUUUGUUCAAUAAUGAGCAAAUAAUACUUUGGAGGGCGAAGAGAGAGCAGGAACAGGAGUCUAACUUAUUGAAGGAAGAUACAAGUGCAAAGAUGCUUGGAUGAGUUUCUAGGACAUUUUAAACGAGCUCUUGAGGACAGUCGUUCUUCUCCAAACAGACAGCAGGCUGCAAGAAGAAUUGAUUGGUCUAUUGUCUGAUGCCUAAAUGAUAUUGUUGGAUUCAUCUCAAGUCCUCUGCAAUAUGUUUUGGGAUUACUGCCACCCUGACUGGACACAUCAACAUUAUGAGAGCAUCUCUCCACCACCCAAACUCAUGUCAUUACCUAUAAAAAACCAACAGAUUCCCUUUGUGACUGCCUUCGGAGACUAAGGUGUAGAAUUGUGCUCCUAGGAAUUCGACCUUUUGCAGUUUUUUGAAACGGAUUAUUAUUUUAGGGUUAACUUAUUGAGAAUUUUAGUUAUUUUUCAAUCAAAA